UCGCUUACAGUUUCAGAGGUUCAGUCCAUUAUGAUCGUGAAGGGGAGCGUGGCUGCAUGCAGGCAGACCUGGUGCUGGAGCUGAGUGCUCUAUCUUGCAAGCAACAGGAAGUCGACCGACAGCCACACUGAGGGAAGUUUGAGAAAAAGAUUUCAAAGUCCACCCCCAUAGUGACACAUUUCCUCCAACAAGGCCAUACUGCCUAAUAGUGUCACUCUCUUUGGGGGCCGUUUUCUUUCAAGAGCAUUCUGGAUAGACUAAUAUGCCAGACUCUUUCUGAAGACAAACCAGGGCGGUCAGAAGUCAGGAUGGGAGAUGAGGACUUUGGUCAGGGUUAGGGUGUGAUGUUCCAGAUACAUUCAGAGUCUUUCUGCGCCUGGGCGAUGCAAGGUUGUCAGGGUGGGGGCCGAGGUCAAACUUUCUGAGAAGAAGGCUUCAAGGAAGAAGUUUAGUGAGGGCAGUGUGGCCUGAUAGUAAUCACUGUGUGGCAGGACCAAGAAGAGACAAAGGAGACAGUGAUAGAGAACAUCGCACCGUCUCUGAUAGGUCAGUGUUUUCUUUGCGUGCACUGCAACCACAAAGAAGGCUGCCUUGGACACUGGUCAGCGGGCUCUGAGACUUGGAAUGGGCAGAAUGGUCCAUUUAUUCCCAGUAUAUGAUCCAUAAUGAUGUGGAUCUGCAGUGAUACAAUAUAAAAUUUAAAAAAAAAAAACUGUUUUGCCACAUCUAAUCUCUUAGCGUCUUCCAGUUGCCCCAGCUAAAGUCUGAGGCAAAGGAGCUCAAAGGCGCAUCCCAGGAGCAGCCAAUCAAAUCUCGCGAGAGAGCAAUCGUCCACGGGACUCUCGCUCUGGCUUCCGGCUGGCAGGUGGGCUGGUGGCGUCGCCCAGGGCAACGGCGAUGGCGGCCACAGCGGCCGGGCGGCUGUUCUCGCUGGAGCUGCUGGUGGACUGGGUGCGGCUGGAGUUCGGGCUGGCGCCGUGCGCCGGGGAUCCCGCUGUGGCGUUUCGCCUGCUGGACUUCCCGCCGCUGCUCGUCCUCCCUCCUGCCGCUUCAGCCCGGGAGCCCCGGAGCGGCACCAUCGACUUCGGACGCGGCAAGGCCUGCCUAUUACGCCUGCGCCCUGCCGCCCUGCGUCGCCCGCGCCUGCGCGCAGCGGUGCUGCAGCUACCCGAGGGUCCAGCGUCUGCACCGUGCAUGCUGGGUGCUUGCGACAUCCUGCUCGUCGCCUCCCAGGGCCGACGCGGUAAAUACACCCUGCGCGGUCCGGCGGCCGAGCGCGUCGGGGAAUUGGCGCUCUUCUACCGCCUAACUGACCUGGGACGCUUUCCCCCGGGGGUUCCGGAGCUGCAGGGCCCUCUGAACCCUGAGAGUAUCACCUCCGAGGCCAUGGAGCUGUGGGAGCCACCUACCCAGGAGACCUCGAAGCCAUGCGCCAGAGAAGCCACUGUCAGAUGCCGACAGUGUGCCUCAGUUGUACGCCGCUUGGAGGCCUCAGAGCCAUGCCCCAAGGAUACCAAUAGCUGGUCUGCAGGGGACUCAGACCCCUCAGCUGUCCAGAAGACCUGGGAAGAAGCAGUCUUACACAGCAAGGCCAGCUCUGGGGACAUGGCUUCUGCCCCUUGUUCACCGGCUCCCAGUGGGAGGACUGCCAGCCCCCUCAGCCCGGAGGUCACCGAGCUGGACUUUGAAACCAACACCUUUUGCCCUCCUCCUCUGUAUUACACUCACCUGAUUCAGGAAAAGACACCCCCUGCCAGGGUUGAAAUCACUAUUGAGCCUCAGAGAAACGGACCUGAGGAGCCGGAUGGCAUUUACCCCGAAACUAAACCUGUAGUUCCUCCCGUACACCCGGUGAAACAUACAAGAUCUGCAAUGGAGGAGAGCCCUCCAGUGCUUCUCAAUCCUCCCCAGACGCAGGGUCCAGGUGCAGUGGAUGAGGUUGCAUGUCCCCAGACUGAACAGAAUACAGCCAAUGCAAUAAGACAGCUGCCGCUCUUGAACGCUUUGCUGAUUGAGCUGUCCUUGCUGUGCAACCAGCCCGUGGCAAGUCCCGCUCAGGUUCACCCCCACUUGGCCUGGUUGUACAGAGGUGAACACAAGGGGCCAGAGCCUUCUGCCAAGUCCACAUCUCGGUCAGAAUUAAAGAGCAGCAAACUUUCUGUGAGAGAAAGUGAAAAGCUCCUGAGUCUUCAGCCUAAAAAGAACCCUAAAGGUAAGCGUUCAGAGAUCAGUGGGAGCCCUCCCCCGAGAGCCGCGAAGGGGAGGCUGCUCUAUGGCUUAACGAACACCCUAAGACUGCGUCUAAAGCAGACAAACCCCGACAUGCUGGUUGUCCAUGAAAAGAGAGAACAGUAUAGAAAAUCACAAAUACAAACUGGGGGACCAAAAUUCCGGGUCCCAUCGUGGAAAGGGAAAGUACCAAGCUUGGCAACACAAAGCCAGAUGCCACCACAGCCGCCCGAGAAGCCUUCCGACUCCAGUGGGUCUUUUGCUGAAGGUAGUGAUACUUCAAGGCAAAUCAGUGAAUGCUUUGAUGAGCCAAGUACAAAUACAUCUAAAGCAGUGAAACGGCGCCAGGCUGCUAGACAAGAAACAGGGGGGCAGAGUGAGAACAGAGCCAGCGACACUUGGUUGGAAGCAGGUGUGGGUCCCAUAGAGUCCAUCAUCCCAGCGAGAGUCCCUCCUUCACAUAUCCUGGAAGGAGCAUCCAAAAUGCUGGUCCAAAGCCCAGGGCUUUCCCGACAGGAUCCUGCAGUUGACCAAACUGUGGAGGAGGGGAAAGAUGAUAGCCACGUCAAAGUCACGGACCUUGUGACUUCUGAUGCAGGGAUCAACAGAGCAGCCAGUAGAGACAGUUCCUGCAAGAGCAUCUCAGAGCUAGAGUACCAGGAAGAGCUAGCCAGCCCUUGCUAUUCUGAAGACUUCUGCGUGACUGAGAAUAACAGCAGAAGUCUGCUGGCUCCUGGCUCCAGCACAGGGGCAGAAAAUGCCCAGCACGGUUCACAAGCAAGCAAGUCCAGCGAGGCAGGGCUGUUUACAAGGAAAACCAGCAGCGAGCUGAGCGUGCUCAGCCCUCCCUUCUCUGCUGGCUCCCCAGUGUGCUCCCAUAAGCGAUCUCACGUACUGAAGACUCCCUGUAGGAGUCUGGAGGAAGCCUCCAGUAGCUCCACCAGCGACUUCUCAUCACAGUGGACAAAUGAAAAGGAGAACCAGGCAGAUGCUCUGAGUACAGGUAGUUCAAAGGUCAUGAGGACAGGUCGGGACAGCUCCACUAAACUUAGAGGAGGAGCUGGUCGCAGGUCCUCUGAGAAAAGCCAGUCACCAAGGACAUCACAAGUGAGUUCUUAUGAACCGUCCAAUCUGUCUGAGCUGGAACUCAAGGGCUUUGACAACAGCGAGUCAGCUGACUUCCAAGAGGAGGAAGAUGAUCUUGGGCCACUGAACUUCUCCAAACAGUGCAGAGACAUCUGUGAAUUAGUAAUAAAUAAACUUCCAGGAUACACCGUGUGAAGUUUGCUGCUUUUGAAAGCUAGUUUCUAACUGAUAAGCGCUGAUCAUGAAGAAACGUUCUAACUCCUACACGACGUUAGGGCGUAACGUCCGUGGUGGUAGGUCUUUAGGAGAUGUAUAUAGUUUGUCAUUGAUGUUUAGUGCCUUACCCUUCAAGCCGAUCCUACUCUUGAGUCACUGUUAAGCUUAGAAUGAUUCUUUUGUGAGAUGUUCAAGAUUAAAAGUAUGUCUAUAUAUUCUGUGGAAGUGUCGGCCUCACAGUGCAGAUUAAUCUAAAGUCGGCGUUCUAGGCACCAUUUUAGAAAGAAGCACUCGUGUGUGAUCUCAGCACCGGUUCUUAAUGGGAAUAAAUCUGGUAACAGAUGGAUGUGUUAGGGUGUGAGGUGCAGAGGGGGAUUGUGAUCGUCUGCUGCGAGGCGUUUUUGGCUUAUAGAUCUUCGUGACACCCUGUCCUCUUAUUGUUUAGUCUUCCUUUUGUAUGAAUAUACUCCAUUUGCACUGAUUUGAACUUAGGUUUCUUGAUAAAUCCUGUCUUACUGUACACACCAAUAUUACCUUUUUUUUAUUUAUGUAGUUGCUGAAUAAAAGCCUUGGCAGUUAAAAUCUUACUAAAGGAUGUAGCACAAACACUUAACAAGAAGCAUGGACUCUCCCUAAUGGAAACGUAUUUGGGUAAUAUUUUAAUUUCACUGAGUUUAAACAGCCUUCAAGUAUACUCAAGCAUUUAGGAGAACAAAGUCAGGCUUCAUCCCAUAUAGUUGUGUGAACAGGAGUUUAGUUUAUGCCGUGUUUUCUGGUUGCUCAGUGUUCAUUUGUAACAUGGAAAAGCUGACUACCAUAAACCCUCGUCAUCAGUUCUGCGGGAUGUCCUUCAUUGAUUUCAGAUUUCACGCUGUGUUCAGAUACUUGUAGGCAUUGUAGUAUAAUACAUGUAAACUGUUAUACUGUAACUUUUAGACUUUUUAAUAUCGCUGAUGCUUUGGGACCUGUGAGACAAAGCCCUGGUUUUUCUUUUAUUACAUAAAUUAUUAUAAACAAUUACACAGUUAUAUGAGCAUAUUCGGAGCGAUUGAUCCUAGAAAGGAUUUACAGUGAUGAUGAUUAGGGGCCAUUGUGGAUACUUGAGUGGAGACGGGCGUGAGCUUGGCAUUCCUGGGAGAGAGAAUGGCAUCUGGAUGGUGAUGUUAUGUUCAUGUCACAGUGGCAUAAAGUCAGUUUGCUGCACAAGGAAAGUUUCAGAUUGUAGAGAGACUCAGACUCCAAGUACACUGUCCAGCAAUGGGAGGUGGGACCAGGACAGCCAUGGGAGAUGGGGCUAGGACAGGGAUUGUUGUGAGUGAGCAUGAGUAAGUCAUGGCCUUGGAGUGUUGUAAAAUACCGGAAAUAAUUACUCAGAGCUACAGAAGUUAAGUCUGGAAAUGGAAAAGGAUUUUAUGCUACAGACUGAUUUCUCCUUGUCUGUAAAUAUAAAAUCUAUGCUGUAUUUUAAAUCCAUAAGACAUAGCUUGGUACUCAGACACGAACUGUGCAAAUGUUUAAUGUCAUUUUUCCCAUGGAAAAGGCAACAUAUAAGUACUAAAAGAAUCAUCAAAGAUAGUGUAGUGGUUUGAAUGAGAAACAUCUCCCCUAAGUUGUAUUUGACACUUGGUCCUUGGUCUGUGGCAUUAUUUGGGGAGGUUGUGGAACCUUUUGGAGGUGGAGCCUUGUGGAAGGAAGUACAUCACAGCAUGGAAUGCUUUGCAGAUGUUUAGCUCUGUUCCACCUCUUGUUCUCUCUCUCUCCUGCCCCGGGGGGAAAAUGUGACUGGUUAGCUUCCUGCUCCCACAGCUCUGCUUUCCCUGCCUCUGGGAUGGGAACAGGUGAGGGAGGUGAUGCCCCAGGGUGAAAGGAGAAGGUUUAAGAGCUGAGACAGUGGGGCAGGGCCAGACCAGGGAGCCUGUCUCUAAAAUUGUGUGGCUCAUAGGGCUGUUCUAAGGAAGAUGCUGUGACCAUGUAUUUAAAUCACCUGCUACAGUCUGGCCUCCAAUAUGGCCUUGUGUUUUAAUUCUUUAAGUUGUUGGCUUAGUUUUUAAAUACCUUCGUACUUGGUAUUACUUAUGAAGCCUGAUUUUAUUUUAUAUGGUUAAAAUUACUGAAACAUGAGAUCUGGUUUUAGGGUCAUGAAUAGCAGGCUCUGUCAUUUCACAUUAGAACUGGUCUGUUGCAGCUCAACUUUUCAAACAGGCUGGAUAGCAAAACUGAUCGAGGCAACAGGGGUACAGCAGUACUGAGCAUGGUACCCAGUGCCUUGGACAUGCCCUGCAAGUGCUCUGUCACUGAGCUGCACACGCAGCCCCAGCCCUUGGGACAGAGAAGCAAAGUGAGCCACAAAAACAGUGCUGGUCCUGCCUCUGUAUGCAGCUGAGGAGGUGGCUGUCUGUUCAGUCCUUUGAACCGUUGCUGUAGAUACAGAGGCCUGGACAGAGACACACCAUGUGUCUACCCCUCGUUCACAUGCCCAUUGGUGGUGACUUCGCCGGGUAGGAGGAGCAUCUGUCAUGAACUUCUGUGGCGCCCAGUAGCUCCCGAUUGAGAGUCGCCCUUCACGUCCUGGUUUGUGUUUUUUCUUCAUGUACAGAGUGCAUUGUUACAGAAUUAGAUUUAGGGACUAGACUUUUGUUUGCAACAAACGAACAGGUCAAGACUGGAAAUUGAAAAUGACUUUUUAAUUAUGACAUUUUUGUUGGCAAGGUGAAGAGAUGUCAUAGCAAAGCAAAAUAAAUAAGAUACAGUAUUUAAAUAUGUUGAGUUAAACUGUCCUUGGUGCCAAAGAGCAAUCGCUCAGGCUGUUCGUGUUUUCAUUUGCGUUAAAGCACACAGAGCUAUGCAGAAUGGCACUUUGUGAGCCAAGACUUGUGAGAUGGUUCUCAUUUCAACCCCAGAGCAGUUCUGUGAGAAGUUGCUUGGUCAAGGACCAACAUUCUCUCUGCCUGACUUUCCCCCUGCCUGUGCCCGGCACAAACACCUUGGGAGGAUUGCCAUUGGGCAGCAGUGCCAAGCCUUAAGGAGCCCUGCUUCCUUGUUCUUUAAUCGGUACUUAUAUCUAUCAAUGCAUAUCCAAUGUAGAGAAAAAAAGGCCCAGAAAACUCAAGAGUUUUGCUCUCAUUGUAGAGAAAAGGGGAUAUGUCUUCAAAUUCCAUUGAACUAGCAGAAGUAUGAAAUUAAGAAUUAACCCAGAAAAUUAGUGAAAAUACCAGGG